GAAAAACCAGAAUAAACAUUUCCCCCACCACCUUCGCCUCCUCCUCUCCCAUGGCGAUCCCCUACCGGAUCACCGCCGGCGGCGGCGGCGGCAGGCAGCGGAUGGCGCUGCCGCUGCCGCCGAAGGGCGCCCUGCUGGCCGCCGUGACGACGGCGUCGGUGCUGUCCAUCCUGUGCGUGCUGUCCUUCACCGACUCGCUGUCCUACCUCGGGUUCCAGGUCAGGGGCGUCGACAAGAGGGAGAGCAGCCGCAGCUACCUCUACUGGGGCGCCGCCAUCGACUGCCCCGGCAAGCACUGCGCCUCCUGCGCCGGCCUCGGCCACCAGGAGUCCAGCCUCCGCUGCGCCCUCGAGGAGGCCCUGUUUCUUGACAGAAUAUUUGUGAUGCCUUCAAGGUUGUGCCUUAAUUCAGUGCACAAUACAAGGGGGAUUAUUAAUCAAAGCGAUGCGACUUCCAAUAAAAGUGGCAGGUGGGAAACAAGUUCAUGUGCGAUGGAAUCUUUGUAUGACAUAGACCUCAUAUCAAGAACUGUUCCUGUUGUUUUGGACAAUCCACAAUCAUGGUAUGCUAUAGUAUCAAGAAGUACGAAGCUAGGAGAGGAAGGAGAUGUAGCACAUGCACAAGGAGUUAGCAGACAAGAACUCAAAGAAAACACACUUUACUCAAAGGCAUUCCUCAUAAACCGCACCGCAAGUCCUCUUGCUUGGUUUAUGGAGUGCAAGGAUCGGACCAAGCGUAGCUCUGUGAUGUUACCAUACAAUUUUCUGCCAUCUAUGCCAGCAAGAAAACUGAGGGAUGCAGCAAACAAGAUUAAAGUGAUACUUGGUGACUACGAUGCUAUUCAUGUAAGACGGGGUGAUCUACUGAAGAAUAGGAAAGAUCGAUUUGGUGUUGAGCGAAGCCUUCAUCCUCAUCUGGACAGAGAUACCCAUCCUGAGAACAUCAAAAGAAGAAUUGCAAAGUGGAUUCCGCGAGGCCGUACUCUUUUCAUUGCUUCAAAUGAAAGGACACCAGGCUUCUUUUCACCUCUAUCAGACAGAUACAAGUUAGCAUACUCAUCAAACUUCAGCAGCAUAUUGGAGCCAGUAAUCGAUAACAACUAUCAGCUGUUCAUGGUCGAAAGGUUAAUCAUGCAAGGAGCAAGGAAGUUUGUGAAGACCAUGAAAGAAUUCGAUAAUGACCUUUCUCUUUGCGAUGACCCUAAAAAGAACACCAAAGUCUGGGAAGAAGCAGUUUAUACAGAUGGCUGAUGGUUCGUAUUUGACCGUAUUUGACCUUCCAUUGCAUAUGAAUUACACUCAAGCUAGGACACUCAAGUCAACCGACAGAACAAGGGGAAGCAUGCAUGUUUCCUUUCUUCAGACAAGAGAUGUUCAAUUUGUUCCUCUCUCUUUUUUCUUUGAUACACCUGGGAAGAGACUAUAUAUGCUGGUGUGUGAUGUAACUUCAUCGUGGUUUUGAUUUAAACCAAAUUGUAGUGUAUAUGUAAUAGGCAAUUACCUAUCAGCUAAUGGUGAAUACAUCUGUAAUUAAUUUGUCAAUCUGGAAAUUGAUUCCUUUUUGGAGAAAAUCUGGAAGUUGGAUUAUGUUUAA